CCUCGCCUCUUCCCGUCUCUUCUCGUCUCGUUUCGUCUCGUCUUGUCUCAUCUCAUCUCAUCUCGUCUCGUCUCGUCUCGUCUAGUCCCGUUUCGUCUUGCCUCACCUCGUCUCACCUCGCUUCACAUGGCAUCUAACCUCAUCACCCCAGUAGAGAAGUGCCUCCUGGUCGUUGGCGUCCGAGGUCUUGUCUGUGGUCUGGACAGCCGAGCUGUUCCCUCGUUCAAGCCCUGGCCACAUUCGCCACACUCACCCCACGACCACUUGCCUCAUUUUCCCGCCCUGACUACGGCCAACUGUCAUUUGGUCAGGCCAAGAGUCCGUGCCCCUAUGGACCGAAAGCCUGGCAGCUUCAGACAGUUUGAUGGCCAUUCAACAUGGCCUUUCUGCCCUUUUAGACAGUGGAACUCGAGCCGCACAUUCGAGGCAGUAGCGCACACACGUCGACAUGUCGACAAGUGGGUGAAGAGGCGCGUCUAUCGGUCUCAUCCAGCCUCAUCUACAAAUGGACAAUUCUCUCUCACAGAACAUCGGGAAGCAAUGCUGUGGUACACAUUGAGUGCGUGGUACAGAAACCUAUCAACAGGUUUCCCAUUCGUCUGGGAAAUGUGGCUUACCGACUGGUACAAUCUACAAUGUCUGCGUGGGCGGACAUCGGACUUUGACCCAAAUUCGGCCCAGCUGAUCUUUGCCUGUCCCCUCAUUUAUCCCGUUCUCUCGCUCUCUCUCACACAGUUUCACACAUCACUCCUCAACUCGCAGCAGACGCAUACAUGCAUACAUGAAUACAUGCACAACUUGACGACAGAAGGGACAAAUUUCAGCCUCCAUCCAGUAGCCAUCCUGCGCUGUCCAAACGAUGGCCGGCCAUCUGCCUGCGGCCAGGCACUGGAAGCAGCUCAGAAAGACUGGCCGGCCGGAGGGUGGGUAGUCCGGCCAGGUCGGCGGGCUACCUGGGCAGGGCAACAUCGGGGGCUGCGAUGCAACCGUCUGGACGAGGGAAAAAGAGGAAAAUCCCACAUUCGGUUCACAUUCGCGGUGCACUCCAUUGGUGGCGGUGCGAGAGUAACAAGGUCUUUGCCCUUGGUCUAUCACUCGGGGUCAGAGGCCGCGUCAGUCGGGCCAACCUAUCAAGUUGUUGCAAUUAGCCAACACAAUUCAGAGACCGAGAUACGCACAAACGCUAAGACGCAGACAAUGCUUCUGGGACGGGCAGAGGUACCGGAGAAUAAGACGAUAGAAGAAUUGGCCCCAUUACACGCGCAAUCAAUCUCUGCGUUUCCCUAA